CUAACUUGUUUGCUCCAUAAAGUGGAGGAAGUAACCAAAUUGUUUAUCUUUCCUCACCCUUUUGUUACUGCUCAGAUUUGGUUCUCUUUGGUCUCUAGAAGUGGAAGAAGCUUGGUGUCCAGAUUCCUGAGUUUUCUCUGCCGGCCGCCAUGGAAGUAGUGGGAGAAGGAAGGAGUUCUAUUUUCCUCGGGAGAAGAGAAAGUCCUCUCAUUCUGGAAUCAAAUCGAUGCCUUUCAAGACGCAGCUCAAACGAACAGAGCAUCUCCCGAAUAAAUUUUCUACGACGGGCCUCCUUUCGCAACCGGUUCUUCCUCACUACGGCCACAUCCUCGCCGGCACCAUCAAGGACAUCGUCACUCGUACCAGACCAUGACUGGUCACCACGUCACGCGUCGCUUAGGGUGGGACUGUCACGGCCUCCGGUUGAGCAACUGAUGAAAAGAAGCUCGUUAUUGGCGAUCAAGAUAAUGCUGCUUUUGUGGCUUGGACUACUACUCCAUGGACUCUUCCUAGCAAUCUUGCUUUGUGUGUCAAUCCCAAUUUUGUUAUCUCAAGGUCGUAACAAGCACAAUGGGAGAGUCUACGUGGUUGCUGAAUCUCGCCUCUCAGCCCUUCCCGCUGAUACCAAGAAAUCAAAUCCUAAACCCAAAGGUGGUGAUAGUGCAGCUGAUUCUUAUCAAGUUUUGGAGAAAUUUGAUGGAGCUUCCCUGGUUGGGAAGAAGUAUGAACCUUUGUUUGACUACUUUAGUGAUUUCUCAUGUGUGGCCUUUCGAGUAGUAGCAGAUGAUUAUGUCACUGAUGACAGUGGUACUGGCAUCGUCCACUGUGCUCCUGCCUUUGGUGAAGACGAUUACCGUGUUUGUCUUGAGAACAAGAUCGUUGAACAGGGUGAAAAUCUAGUUGUGGCUGUUGAUGAGGAUGGGCUUUUUACUGAGAGAAUUACCCAUUUCUUUGGCCGGUAUGUCAAAGAUGCCGACAAGGAUAUAAUUGAAGCCGUGAAGACCAAAGGCAGACUUGUCAAAACUGGGAGCUUUACUCACUCAUAUCCGUUUUGCUAUCGAUCAGACACUCCUCUCAUAUAUAGAGCCCUUCCCUGUUGGUUUGUCCGGGUGGAGGACCAGUUGAAGGAACAGUUGUUAGAAAACAAUGAACAGACAUACUGGGUACCUGAUCAUGUGAAGGAUAAACGCUUUCACAAUUGGCUUGAAAAUGCAAGGGAUUGGUGCAUUAGCCGAAGUAGAUUUUGGGGCACGCCUCUACCAAUAUGGAUCAGUGAUGAUGGUGAGGAAGUUGUUGUCAUGGAUUCUGUCGAGAAGCUUGAAAAGCUCUCUGGUGUCAAGGUUUUUGAUUGUUGGUUUGAGAGUGGGUCAAUGCCUUAUGCGUACAUCCAUUAUCCUUUUGAAAACAAGGAGCUUUUUGAGAGUAACUUCCCUGGUCAUUUUGUGGCUGAAGGGCUUGAAUCAAACUCGUGGAUGCCAGCAUUUCGAAAUCUGAUUUGCAAUGGUCUUGUGCUUGCUGAGGAUGGAAAAAAGAUGAGUAAGAGUUUAGAUAAUUAUCCGCCUCCUCUGGAAGUCAUAGAUGAGUACGGAGCUGAUGCUGUGCGAUUGUACCUCAUCAAUUCUCCGAUCGUACGCGCCGAGCCACUACGCUUCAGAAAGGAAGGAGUACUUGGUGUUGUCAAAGAUGUAUUUCUUCCAUGGUACAAUGCAUACAGAUUCCUUGUUCAGAAUGCAAAGAGACUUGAGAUUGAGGUUUCUGGACCAUUUGUUCCUACUGAUCUAUCUACUUUACGGUCAUCAAACGUUCUCGAUCAGUGGAUUUACUCAGCUACCCAGAGUCUUGUUUGUUUUUGUCCGUCAGGAGAUGGAUGGUUACCGGCUUUAUACUGUGUUCCGUAUCUUUUGAAGUUCCUCGACAAUCUCACUAACAUAUAUGUUAGAUUCAACCGCAAGAGGUUAAAAGGCCGUACAGGAGAAGAUGAUUGUCACAUUGCUCUUUCAACUCUAUACAAUGUGCUCCUCACUUCUUGCAAAGUGAUGACCCCUUUUACACCUUUUUUCACUGAGACGCUAUACCAGAAUCUGCGGAAAGCAUGUGAAGUAUGCGUCUCUAAAGCAGAACCAGAUUUCAGUGUAUUGGGAAAACGUCUUGGAAAGUCAAUGAGGCUUGUUGCAAAAGAAGUUAAAGAAAUGUCUCAGCAAGAUAUCUUAAGAUUUGAGGAGACCGGAAAAGUUACUAUUGCUGGACACACGCUGGAGCUAACAGAUAUCAAGAUUGUCAGGGUUUUCAAACGCCCGGAUGGUUUGAAAGAUACGGAGAUUGAUGCUAAUGGAGAUGAUGAUUCGUUGUAUGAAGCAGGUGUUGCUCGUGAGAUUGUCAAUAGGAUCCAAAAACUACGGAAGAAGUCAGGUUUGGAACCAACAGACGUUGUGGAAGUGUACAUUGAAUCAUUGGACAAGGAUGAAUCUGCUUUGCAACAAGUUCUGUGCUCUCAGGAACAAUACAUUAAGGAUACAAUUGGUUCAUCUUUGCUUCCGUCUACGUUGAUGCCAUCUCAUGCAGUGAUACUAUCUGACGAGAGUUUCCAAAACGUAUCAAAGCUGUCGUUUAAGAUUAGCUUGGCUCGCCGGCUUUGAAGUUCAACGAAGAUGCUAUUCUUGCCUUGUUUUCAGGAGAUGAGAAAUUUGCAAGGGGGCUCCAAGCGUACUUGUUAUCACGGGACCAAUCGAAUUUAAAAUCAGAAUUCCAAAAAGGAAAUGGGAAGAUAAUAACUGUAAGUUGCAUUG